UACAUGGAACUGAAAAACCAAACAGAUGUCUCGGAAUUCCAUCUCCUGGGGUUGUCAGAAGAUCCGGAACAACAGCCCCUCCUCUUCAGCCUGUUCCUGUCCAUUUACCUGGUCACCGUCCUGGGCAACCUGCUCAUCAUCCUGGCCGUCAUCUUGGACUUCCACCUGCACACCCCCAUGUACUUCUUCCUCUCCAACCUGUCCUUUACUGACAUCUGUAUAAGCACAACCACGAUCCCAAAGAUGCUGGUGAACAUCCAAACCCAGACUCAGAGCAUCACUUACCCAGGCUGCCUCUGCCAGAUUUUCUUUGCCCUGGCUUUUGUUGGUUUAGAAAAUUGUCUGCUUGCUGUUAUGGCCUAUGACCGCUAUGUGGCCAUCUGUCACCCCCUGAAAUACACGGUCAUGUUGAACCCGCAGUUCUGUGUUCUGUUGAUUCUAAUCUCUCUGUUCAUUAGCACUGCAGAUGCACUGCUCCAAAGUCUGAUGGUGUUGAGGCUGUCAUUUUGCACAGACCUGGAGAUCCCCCACUUCUUCUGUGAACUCGCCCAGGUCUUGAAGCUCUCCUGUUCCGAUACCCUCAUCAAUAACAUCCUGAUUCAUUUUGUGUUUAGCAUAUUGGGUUGUGUUUCCAUGUCUGGAAUCAUUUUCUCUUACAGUCAAAUUCUCUUUUCUCUUUUGAGAAUGCCAUCAGCUGGCAGAAACUUUAAAGCCUUUUCCACCUGUGGGUCUCAUCUCUUGGUUGUGUCCUUAUUCUAUGGGACAGGUUUUGGGGUGUACAUUAGUUCCGCAGUUACUGACUCGCCUAGAAAGAUUGCAGUGGCCUCGCUGAUGUACACUGUGGUCCCUCAAAUGAUCAACCCUUUUCUCUACAGCCUGAGAAACAGGGAUAUGAAGGAAGCAUUGAGGAAAAUAAUUAGUAAGAUGACAUUUUCUUAA